CAGAAUUUUCGUUGUACUUAUUUGCUCAAUGGUAAAACGGGUCAGCGUAUUCGUUUACUUUUUCGUGAUUUUGAUAUUUAUUUUGGUGGAGAACACUGUCCAUAUGAUUCGCUAACAAUAUACGAUGGUCCAAAUAAUAAGCAUCCAAUUAUUCGAAAAAUAUGUGGCUUACAGCAACGUAUAGUAAUUUAUUCAUUUGGGCCGAGUACAUUCAUUGAAUUUAAUACAACAAGUCCAGCUAAAGCUGAUCCACGAGGAUAUUCAUUAGAUUAUGAAUUUUCAAGUCGUUAUGUGGAUGUAUUGAAAUUGAUGGAUAAUCAAUUAGGCAUAACACAUUUGCGUGGUUCAGAAUGUGAUUUGCUAGUAAGAAGUAAUCGUGAAACAACCCAUUAUAUACAUUCCCCUAAAUAUCCACUAAUGUAUCCAGCUAAUACAACAUGUACAUUCAUCAUUGAUGGUUUACAAGGUGAGCAGAAUCUCGAAGAAGUAAUGCUUACGUUCGAGAAAUUUGCUGUUUUAAGUGAAACAAUUGAAAAUACUAAUUCAAUUUACUUGAGGCAUUCCUCAACAGAUUAUGAUGAUGAUGAACCGUGUGCUACGUCCUAUGUCGGUAUUGCUUUCAUUCCGACAACCAUUAAAAGUGUUUUAUCGUCCGGUGAAGAAAGUAAUUAUGAUGUUAUGCUAUGUGAUCGCUUGCAAAACGGUUCGCAUGCUUUGGGUCCUUAUAUCAGUGAUGGACCAAGAAUGGUAUUAGUAUUCAGUUCGAAUGAAAAGAUUUCUAAUGGUGAUGGACAGAAACCAUUAGGAUUUAAAGCCAAAAUUCAAUUUAAAACAGAUUUUGGUAUUCCGGGUAAACCGAUUGGUGAUUCAAAUCAAUGUAUGUUUCAGUUUAUGAAGCCACGUGGAUGGUUUAAUAGUCCACGCUAUCCGGCAAAUUACCCAUUAGACACCAAUUGUACUUACAUUAUCAAAGCAAAACCGGAUGAACAAAUUCAAGUAUACUUCGAACAAUUCGCUCUUUAUGUUAAUGAACAUUCAUCAUCAACUGAAACAAGUUGUGCUGAUUUUCUAGAAAUAUCGGAUGUUUUUAUUAAAGAUGGUGUGGAAAUUUUACAACUUCAAGCUCGUUAUUGUGCGAAUACAUUUCCGGGACCAACAGUAACAGCAUUUGGUUCACAUGAAUUACGGGUUUUUUUCCGUUCCGAUCACGAAGGUACCGGUAAUGGCUUCAAAGCAAUCUAUCAAAUUCGUAAAGCAUUCACUGAGGAAAUUCCAACAAAACCACUUGCUCGACAUUGUGGUCAACGAAUAGCUCGAACGAAUGAUUUGACCAGUGGUUGGUUAGUAUCACCGGGAUAUCCGAUCAAAUAUAAUAAAGAUUUGAUUUGUGAUUGGGAAAUUACUGUACGACCAAAUCAUCAGGUAUUACUCCAUCUUGUAAAAAUGGAAGUAGAGGGUUCUAUGACUGCGGAAUCAGUGAAUUGCCAAAAUGCGGUAAUUCGUGUGGAUGCCGAAUACGGUAUUGGUGCUGCUCAAUCGGUGCGGGAAAUCUGUGGUACCGAUAAAACUGUCAUACAACCUAUCAUUUCCAAAAAUAACACUGUUAGAAUUAGAUUUUUCACAUCACCAGAUAAAGUAAAUGGUUUGAAAGGUUUUAAUUUCACCUGGACAGAGGUUAAGAAAAUAACCGAGGAUGAUGAAUGUUUGUAUCCAACAAUGUAUCUUUGCACCUAUACUAAAUUAUGCAUUGAUGCUCGUUUAAAGUGUAACGGUGAUGAAAAUUGUGGCUUACAUGAUGAUACCGAUGAAGCGCAUUGUAAUAAAUUGGAGAAUGCAGCUGAUGUACGAACGGUACUUUUUGCGGCAAUAUUUUCCGGUUGCAUAUUUUUGUUCAUUUCUGGUUUCUUCGGUUAUUUGUUUAAAAAAAAAUUCGAGAAAAAGCGGAACAAACGUCGUCGUCGUGCAAAAUUUGGAAUGAAACAUCAACGAAAACCAUUUAGGAAUUCGAGGCCAAUCACCAAAGCUGAUCCUCACCUAUUACCAGCACCAGCAGCGUCACGUCUAACGCAUCAUAACGUGACAACUGAUAUCAUUCCAUUAUCGACGGAACAACGAAAUGAAAAGUCACCAAAUGGUGAAAUGAGCAGGAACAUUAAUCCCCUAUUUACACAUUCCUUAAAACCUAUUGAUGAUAGGAAUACUUUUUAUGGAUAA